GGGGAGGCGUGCGCUAAGGUAAAAAUAAAGACGACAUGACAUGAAGCAAGUGGAAAAUGCAAGCACGAACGUGUAGGGUUAUACUAAUUGACUAAAAAAUAGCGCUCGCGUGGCACGCAUCUCAUGUGUUCCCCACUUUAUUCUUCCCAUUACCAUCUGCUCACCACACGCCCCCUCCCCACUCUUAUCAUAUAAUAAAAGGGAAAGCACAUCCACUUUUCUCUCCAACUUCCCUAAUUCCAUUUUGCAACCCCCUCUCUCUCUCUCAUCAAUUCAAUUCAUCCAUCCAUCUUCACAAGGACGGCCAAUAGCGUGUUUCUCAUCAAAGCCUACAAGGUGGACUCGAAUUAGAGAUGGCUGCAGAAAAUGCUGCUCCAGUUGUUGAAAAGGAUGCUACGGAUGUGGAGACAUCAUUAGAUAGCUCUCAUCUUGGCAAGAAGAUUCAGAAGAAAGUUCCAAAAAGAAUUCACAAAGCUGAGAGAGAGAAACUGAAGAGAGAGCAUCUGAAUGAACUUUUUCUUGGUUUGGCUGAUGCUCUUGAACUAUCUGAGCAGAUGAGUGGAAAAGCCUCUGUAUUGAGUGAAGCUGCUCGAUUUGUAAAGGACAUGCUUUCUCAGAUCAAGCAUCUGAGGACAGAAAAUACAACUUUGCUGUCUGAAUCUCAAUAUCUGAGCGUGGAGAAGAAGGAGCUCGAGGAUGAAAAGUCAGCUCUGGAGGCUGAAAUUUGUAAACUGCAGACUGAGGUCAAAGCAAGGGAAGUUGAGACUAGUCUUGAUCUAAAUCUAGCUCCUCCUGAUAUCCAUCACACAGAGUUCGCCUCACAAAAUAACUAUAUGAGAUUGCCUGCUUCAGAGCACGCAUUUCAGCAGUCACAGGUUAUGAACCCUGUGUACGUUUUCCCCUUCAGUUCUAAUCACCAGGCUUAUCCAGCGCCUGAUGCUGCAGAUUCCCCGGCUAUGCCCACACCUAUUGUGAAGAAACCACAGCCCAGAUAUCCCAGUUCGUCUGAUGUAUGGCCAUCCCAAAUCUUUGAAACACAGCCUGGGUUAUUGCGACAGGAGGUUCAAGAUGGUGCAUAAUAGUGAUAGUCUGGAAGAAAUGAGUCAUUCAUAGGGAAUGACAUGUGUAAUUAGGUAAUGUAGAUUUAGAUGAUAAGCCGCAGAUUCAGCAAUACUUCAUACUUGCAGCUCUCCAUGGUAUAUAACCUUUCGUUGUAUUUUGAUCAACAAUAACCUAUUUGUCUGUCGAGUGUGGCGAGUAGUAUAGAAAUAUGUUGGUAAACAAAACCUGCAAUUAGGCGCUUGAUGCGACGACAUCUACGGAUUUUGAUGUUUAACUGUUGCAAUGUUCUUGCUGUUAAA